CAAGGCCUCAAACGAAGCAUCGUUGAUGGAAUUAGUAGGCUUCGAUCUACAGGAGGAGAAGCCAAGCACCAUCUAGAAAAGUUUUGAUCUUUUUCCAACCAGGUCCUUGGAAAUUCUGUUAUCUUCUCAGAGGUGCCACGAUUUGCAGAGAGGAAUUGGAGAAGAAGAGAGGAGAGGAGAAGAAGGAGAUUUGGGCGCUGUUUGGCUUGAUUUCUAGACAUACAGCUGUCCAGGAAAAACAUUAUAACUUGAGUCCAGAACCUGUGAAUAUUUUCCUCCAGUUGUUUGUUGAAGAUUUCACAGUUACUAUUCAUUGCUGAAUUACCCUUUCUUUGCUAACAAGAGAUAAAGUUUGAGCCAAGUGCAGACAGAGGGGCUUCUUUUUUUGUUUAUCAAGAAUGACUGAUAUGAAAGGAAGCACUUCAACCGCAUGGUCUGCACCUGAUGCCUGUGCUCGGCACAAGGAAUGGGAUGAGGUUUCAUGCGCGAUCUGUAUGGACUAUCCACAUAAUGCUGUACUUCUUAUAUGCAGUUCUCAUGAGAAAGGCUGCCGAUCUUUCAUCUGUGAUACUAGCUAUAGACAUUCAAACUGCCUCGACCGAUUCAAACAAUCAAGAGUAGACCGACAGGACAUUACGUCUCACUCAGAUUUUUCCAUCAACGACAAUGUUGACGAACAAAGAUUUGAUGAGGGGAACAAUGGUAUUCCUUCACAACCAACUUUAGAGGAGACGGAUGUAAUAAACCUGUUUGACACCGGUGAAGAUUACAUCAUGGAUGAAAAUGAUUUCAGUGUUUCCGCAGGCUUGCCAGUAGUGUUGGAAAAUAAUAAUGAUAUCCAAGAGCAGAGUGGGUUAACUGAAGCUCAGACUGAUGAAAGGAUCAGCAGUGAACAAUCUGGUGAGCAGGAAAAAGUGAAACUAGACAACCUGAAGUGCCCUCUUUGCCGUGGAACAGUGAUGGGGUGGAUAAUUGUUAAGGAAGCUAGACAGUAUAUGGACUUAAAAACAAGGAGCUGUUCUCGGGAGUCAUGCGCAUUCUCUGGCAACUAUAGAGAAUUGCGCAGACAUGCACGGAGAGUCCACCCUACAACAAGGCCUGCUGAAGUGGACCCAUCUAGGCAGCGUGCUUGGCGCCGCAUGGAGCACCAACGGGAAUAUGGUGACAUCAUUAGUGCUAUAAGAUCAGCAAUGCCAGGAGCCAUUGUGUUUGGGGAUUAUGUGCUCGAUGGUGGAGAAGGGCUGCCACUCGAACGUGAUAUAGGAGAAGGCGAUGGACCAUUUUGGACUACCUUCUUUUUGCUUCGCAUGAUCAGCAGCCCAAAUGGUUCACUUAAUGGACGCCGGGGGAUUACUCGGCCUUGGAGGAUGCAUCACCGUUCAGCAAGACGCCGUUAUCUAUGGGGUGAAAACCUUCUCGGUUUACAAGAUGAAGAUGACGAUGAUGAUGAUGUCAGGAUUCUGGAUGAAGAGGAUGUUUCAAUACCAAGGAGGCGUCGAAGGAGAUUUGUGCGGGCUAGGACCGAUGAGCUGCCAUGAGAGAACUAUCGGGUAUUUUAAAUUGUUUCCAUUUUUUUCCUUAAUAGCAAUACCUUGAACCUAUUGAUUGUCAUGGUUAUGUAUCUCAGAUGAUGUUGCAGAGUUGUUAGAGAUUGGAAUUGUUAAACCAAAAGUUCACCUUUUUGUGAUUGGGAAAAAAGAAAAGAAAAAGAUGGACUUCUGGAGGAUGAUCUAUAUUUCUUAUCACUGUUGUUUGUAAAACUUCAUACUAUUUCAUCUAUGAAACUGAUGUUCUUUUGUUA